AUGCUCAGUGAAUUGUCAACGGUAUAUGGCAAUGAAGAAACAUUAGCAGUGUUUAAUUUUGUGAAGUGCGGCAAUAAUCAUUCUCGACAACUGACCCGUCCAAAAACAGGACCUUCAGUUGAAUUGUUUAUUGGAUGUGAAAUUUAUUGUACUUCAGGGGACAAAAAUAAAAGAAUAAAAGUUGCUGAUGAUAUUCUGGCACGGCUUCAAGCGGGGUUUGAGUCAACGAUGAAAGAACUAUCAGGCGAUUUUAACCCACCAAGUGAAGUGACAGACAUUCGAGCUAAACUAAGAGAUGGCCAUCACGUGGUUGUAACCGGAUGCAACAAUAGCCGUUAUUUUGAGACCGCUCUUGCAGCAAUAAAGGGGAUGGAUUAUAAUUACAAACGAUGUGUAGAAAUGCAAACGUCGUCUGAUUGGCGUCACAUUGAUCCAGAAGAUGUAGACUUGGUUUUAUGUAGAGAUCCGUUUGGAAGAAUUUCCUAUGAUGAAAGCAAAGCUAAAGCCAUGGAUGAUAUAUUUAAAAAGCAUGAUACAUUCAACAAAAGAGAGAUAAUGGCGAUAAAGCCUUGGACAUUGUCAUAG